UUAAAAAGAAGCGUUUCGUCUUUCGUUCAUAUUUGUUAAGUGUUGUGCAGGUUACUAUAGUCGGGCAUAAUAAUAAUGUCUCUAAUAUUAAAACGGAGCCAAAUGAGAAGUGCUCCUCUAUGCACAAUGUUGUGUGGAUAUUAUUUAUUAUCACACAAGGAAAAGAGAAGGAGAUGGUGGGUUAAGCCCAUCAAUGAAAGAAGAAAAGAACAAGGCGAUUACGAAAACUUGGUGCAAGAAAUGCGUCUUAAUGAUGUCGAGAUGUUUUUUAAUUACACAAGAUUAACUGUAGAGCAGUUCGAUUGUUUGCUAAAGCUGGUAGGGCCUUCUCUACAGAAAACAAGUUUUAGAGAACCUAUAACUCCAGGAGCCCGACUAAUAUUAACUCUGAGACAUCUAGCUGCUGGGGAUAGUAUUCCAACGCUGGCAUUCUUGUAUCGAAUGGGAAAAUCCACAGUGUGCAAUAUAAUCAAUGAAACAAAUACAGUUAUCUGGGAAAUUUUACACCCAGUUGUUUUAAAAGAACCUAACAAAGAUGAGUGGGAAAGGAUUGCAGAAGAGUAUUUUUCUGAAUGGAAUAUUCCAAAUUGUUUGGGUGCAAUAGAUGGAAAGCAUAUUGUAAUGAGAGCCCCACAGAAAAGUGGGACGUUAUAUUUUAAUUACAAAAAGACCUUUAGCAUUGUACUUUUUGCCGUGUGUGAUGCCGAGUAUCGAUUUACCUACGUUUAUAUCGGGGCAUAUGGAUGCCAAAGUGAUGGAGGUAUCUUAAGGUUGUCAUCGUUUGGAGACAAAUUAAACAAUAAUUUGCUGAAUAUUCCUGAUGAUGCAGCAUUUCCGGGCACCUCAAAAAAAACUCCACAUUAUUUCAUUUGUGAUGAAGCCUUCCCUUUGCAAGAAAAUCUGAUGCGUCCAUAUGGAGGUAAGAAUCGACCAGUAGAAGAGAGAAUUUAUAACUACCGAAUUUCACGUGGUCGAAGAUGUAUAGAAAAUGCCUUUGGAAUUUUAGCUGCUAAGUUUCGAAUCUUUCAUAUAGUGGUUUUUAAGGAUCCAGAAAAUGUUGACAAAUUAGUGCAAGCUGCUAUCUGCCUCCAUAAUUUUAUCAAACAAAAUGAGGAUAACCUGCCUGCCAGUCAGCACCGCUAUGUGCCCUUAAAUUUUGUUGAUAAGGAAAUAGAUGGGCAAGUUAUACCUGGACAAUGGCGCAACGAAGUGUCACAAAAUUGUUCCCUGCGCAGAGCAUCAGACCAGAGAAGACUCGGCGCAAGAAACGCUAAACAAAGUGCAUCUGAAUAUCGAGAAUUUAUUAAAGAUUAUUUUAAUCCUCAUAUUGGCUCAGUACCAUAUCAGAAUGAAGCUAUUCAGAAAAUGUAAUUCUAAACAUUCAUUAA